AUAGAAAGGGUCACCACAGGAAGAACACUUUCUUGGAGAUUCAUUUAGCGAUGAAGAAGAUGAUAAAGACCAAAAUACAGAAAGUUUGAGUAGUUCUGAAUCAAAAUCAACUACAGGAGAAUAUAGUGAGUCAAGCUAUGACAGUGAAGAAGAUUCUGAAGGGGAUGAUAUUGAUUAUAGAAAAAUGAUUGAAACAAUGAAAAAUCAAUUACAAAGUUAUAAAGAUGCUGUUGAAGAAGAUAGACAAAGAGAUAAAGCUAGAAUAUGUAGACUAGAAAGUGAUUUAGAAGAUGAAAGAGAUAGUAAUGAGUCAUUAAAAAAUAAAAUACAAGAAUGUGUUGGAACAAUAAAACAAUUAAUUGGAGAAUUAAAGAAUUUAAAAAAUGAAAAAGAAGAUUUAAUGACACGAAUUGAUGAGGAAACAAAAAAUCAUAUUCAAACGAUAAAAGAAUUACAAACCAUUAAACAAAAUAUGAAUGAUGAACAAUUAAGUUUAACAGGAAAAAGAGAAUUAGAAGUAUUAUUAAGAGUUACUAUGGAAGGAAUGAAAAUAGAAAAAGUUGAUGCAGUACAAAAUAGAGAUACAGACAGAGAAGACUUAGUAUUACAAAAGAAUAUAUUAGAAAAGAAAGUAAUGGAAAGUACACAAAAUCUUACAUUAGAAAGAGAAAAAAUGUUAAAAGAAAAAGGAGAAAUAGAAAAUAAAUUAAAAGAAGUGACAAAAAAUUAUGAUGAAGUGAAAAAUGAAAGUGAUAAAUUAAAAGAGAAAAUAGUAGUAUUAGAGAAUAUGAAUAAACAAAAUAAAAUGAUUAAUAAUGGAAAUUAUCAAGAAAAUAUGAUGGUUGAUGCAUUAGCAAUUGUUAAUAGAAUUAGUGGUGAAGGACAUUUUAGAGAAGUAUCAAGAGUAAGUAUUCAAGAUUUAAAUAGAUACGUUAAAGAAGAAGUAUAUUUCCCAAGAAUGUUUAUGAAAAUAGAAGAUGAUUGUGUUAGAGUAUUACAAAAUUCAUAUAGAAAAUGGUCAUCAAAUAAUAAAAGUGUUUUAGAAGGAAAUGAAAAGAUUCCAUUAUUAACAUUUAUAAUGCAUUAUGCACAAUCAAAGUUAUAUGGAGAUUAUUUAAAAAAGAAGAAUGAUAAAGUAUUAGAAUAUUUUGAUUUACUUGAAUCAAUUUGUAAUUUUACUAAAAAAUAUUCAUUAGAUCCAAAUGUUAAAAAAGUCUAUGGAGAAAAUAAAUUACAAAGUAAUAUAAAUUUUGUUACAGAACCAUUUACUAAUUCUAAAACUAUUCCUGAUAAAUCAGAAAAAAUUAUUAAAUUAAAUGAGUCAGACCGUCGUUCAUCUGUCUCUUCUCGUGUUCAAUUACAUGAAAAUUUAAAAACUAAAACUCCUACAUUAGCUUUCUUAGAUAAAGGUGGAAGUCGUGCUUCUUUACCUAAUAAAGUUAAACCAAAAAGGUCAGAAACAUUAGUUGCAUUCUUUAAAUCAAGUAAAGAUAACUCUGGUGCUUCUACUCCAACACAAGAACUUAAUAAAACAUCUGUAAAUCCAUCAGAAGAUAAAAUAUCAAGUUUAUCUACUUCAAGAUCAAAAGCACAAAGUAAAAGAGGUACAAUGACACCAAUUGCAUUUGAUGAAUUAGUUGGACAAAUAGAACUUCAUGAAAAAGUAGAAAAAAGUAAAGGUGAUGUAUUAAAAAUGCCAGGAGAAGUAAAUGGAAUGGUUCAAUAUAAAGAUAAGAUAUAUAUUGCAAUGAGUUGUUUUAAUGACUCAUGUAUUGGAUGGUUAAGAUGUAUAGAUGCAAAAGAACCAACAAAAAUACUUUCAACAAAUACAUAUAAUCAAGAAAUAAUUAAAAUGAAAAUUUUUAAUGAAUAUCUUUAUGUGUCAUUGAAAAAUGGUAAAAUAUUAAUAUUUAAUGCAGAUACUUUUAAACCAAUGGUAUUUGAAGAUUCAUUACAUCCAGGAGUUGUAGAUUUCUUUAGUUAUAAAGAUAGUGUUUAUUUAUUAUUAAUAUCUAGUGAAUUUGUUAGAUAUACAAUUAAAGAAGAUAAAAUUACAACUAAAAUACUUAAAUAUAAAGGAAUUCCUGUUGCUGGAAAACAAUUAUUAGUAAAAGAUGAUAUAUUAAUGGUAUGUACAAAUUCUGGAAUAAGUAAAUUUGAUUUAAAAAGUAAAUCAGCAUUAAAAAAAGAAGAGCAAAUUCAAUUAAAAACAAGUCAUAUUUCAGUAAUAGAUAAUACUUUAUGGGCAUUUUAUCCAGAUUUAAAGAAAUUAAAUGUUUAUAAUGAUAAAUUACAAAUAUUAAAAUCAUUUGAUUUUGAUGAUGUUGUAUUUAUUAUUGAAUGUGGUAAUAGUGUUUGGGUUGGACUAAAUACAAAUCAAUUAAAUGUUAUUGAUUCUACCUCUUAUGAAAUUACUCAAACAUUCGAUUUAUCUACUAAUAAAGAUGUUAGUCUAAUUACUGGGUUAUUAGUACAAGUUGGUAAUCCUCCUUCUGCAAUAUUCCAAUUCUGGGCAAGUACUGAUGACUUACAAAUACAUUUCCUUCAAACUACAUAUAAAUCUCAUGCUUUUAUUCCAAGUGUAGAAGAAGCUCCAAAAUGUGUUUUCUGUAAGAAAGCAGUAAAACAAAAAGAUAGCUUCCAAUGUAUUAGAUGUAAAUUAGUCAUCCAUAAAUCUUGUGACCCUUAUAAACAUAAUAUUCAAGCAGUUUGUAGAGGAAAACCUCAAUCACUUUCUUUACAAUUGUCCCAAGGAAUGGAUACUGACUCUGGCGUUAUUAUGGCUGAACCUUCUCCAAGAAGAAAGAACUUACAGAAGCGAUUAAAUAGGUCAUAUACUAUUAAACCUGUGUCUGGUGGUAUUUCAUUCCCUGAUGAUUGGAAAUAA